AUGGUGCGUUGCUUGAAACGUGCGCAGCAGUUUUCCAUGGCGAGAGAGGAACUCGUUCUGCUUCUGCUUCUAGCGGCGGCUUCAGCUCAGUUUUGUAGUGCUGAUUAUCUGUACUUCAUAUGUUCAACUUCUCCAAGUUUUACCGCCAACAGCACCUACCGGCAAAACCUGAACACCGUCCUCUUCUCCCUCACCUCCAAUGCGUCUAAAAACGGCUUCACGGCUGCCACCGCCGGCCAAAGCCCCGACCAGGCGUACGGCCUCGCCCUUUGCCGCGGUGACGUCUCCCCAAGCGACUGCACGAGCUGCACGUCGGACGCAGCCAAGGAGAUAGUCAACCACUGCCCUAAUGGGAAGUCUGCAAUCAUAUGGUACGACAACUGCCUCCUUCGCUACUCCGGUCGGGACUUCUUUGGAGUGGUCGAUACCGCUCACGAGUUCUACAUGUGGAAUUCCGACUACAUAUCGGACCCCACUCUCUUAAAUUCAGUGCUUGGAUCCCUCAUGAACAACCUCACUUCGACGGCCACGGCCGAUCCGUCGGGCCGGCUGUACGCGGCCGGACAUACUAAGUUCAAUGAGUCCCAAGACUUAUAUGGGCUGGUGCAGUGUACAAGGGAUCUCUCAAGCAGUCAAUGCGCUAAUUGCCUGAAGGAUGCCCUUUCCAAAAUCCCGACCUGCUGCGAAGGGAUGCAGGGCGGUCGGGUUGUUGAGGCAAGCUGCAGCGUAAGAUACGAGAUAUACCGUUUCUUUAAUGACUUGGGGACGGCUCAACCUUCUCCCCCGAACGGCACGGCUUUGCCACCGGCGAAUCCGCCCGUAGGCGCCCCUCCUCCUAUCUCCAAAUCUGCUUCACCAGAAUCUAGCAUGCCUCAACCUAUGCGGUAUUAUUGCCCAACCACUUCCAACUUCACUGCCAAUAGCACCUAUCAGCGAAACCGCGACGCCCUUUUACGCUUCUUCUCCUCCUCCUCUAAUGCAUCCCCUUCUGGAUAG